GAAGCCAAUCCCUCUCAGCUGUAAUGGCUUACUAGUUUGGAGAAGAAGCAGAAGAAGCGCAAACGCGAACGCAGCCGCAGCCGCAGUCCACACGCCGUUCCGAGCUGCUCGGAGCCGGGAUCAGGGCGGAGAGGGAACCGGGGGAUUUAUACCGUCUAAAGGAAGUGUGUGGUGAGGAAGGAGAGGAACUGCGGAGGAGCAUCGGGAGAUCUGGGGCUCGGAUGUGGAUCUCGGAACAACCUGUUGGACUUGAGAAGGAGAGGAAGAAGAAGGAGAAGGAGAAGAUCUCGGGUUCUCAUUGUGGAGGUGAUGCUGGAGCUGCAGCUACACUGUAACCUUUAACUGACCUUUCACACUGUACAGCAGGCACCAUGCACGUGUCUCUGGCCGAGGCUCUGCAGGUCCGAGGAGGUCCUCUGCAGGAGGAGGAGGUGUGGGCCGUGCUGAACCAGAGCGCCGAGAGUCUGCAGGAACUCAUGCGCAGAGACCCGACUGCCCUGGGUUUCAUCAUCUCGCCGUGGUCUCUUCUGCUCAUGCCGUCUGGAAACAUCUCGUUCACGGAUGAGAACGUGACUCAGCAGGAUCUGGGAGCGUUCACAUCCCCGGAAGUGCUCGAGGGACUCAACCUGUCCUCGCUCUCAGACAUCGAGAAGAUGCACAUGUAUUCACUGGGCAUGACUCUGUUCUGGGGAGCAGAUUAUAAGAUUCCUCAAAGCCAGCCCAUGAAGCUAACUGAGCACCUGAACAGUAUUCUGCUGAAGAUGUGUGAUGAUUCGACGCUGACCCGCCUCUCUGUUCGCUCGCUCCUGGACGUCUGCAGCACACAUGUCCGUAACUCCACGUGCGAUCCGUCCUUUUCGUACGUGCGGAAGCUGGUGCGUCUGGUCCUCGGCAGUCUGUCUCAGCUGGAUGGUUUGCUCUCUCAAAAUGAGAGGGAGUCCCUGCCUGAGAGGAGUAAAGAGAUUCGAGAGAGGUUGCGUGGUAAAGGUUUGCCUGCAGGUCGUAGUGCGGCUCAUCGUGUCCUGGAGCGUUACCGAGCUCGCUCUCAGGAGCAGGCCGCUCUGAGCCGAGGCCUGAGCCGCUCCAUGGGCUCGCUGCCCACUCGCGAUGAAAACUUCCAGCAGACUCCGCCUCCAUCCGAGUCCUCUUCUGAACCGUUUGCACGACAGCAAAAGGUUAAAGGUCAGCUGACGGAGCCGGACCGCCGAUCCAUGCCAAACAACAGGAAGAAGAACUGGGCGUCGUCCGUGGAUUUGGCCUACUUGGACCCAGAGUUGCUGCGUUUCGGGGCGCUGGAAGAGGCCCGGCGAGGAAGCAGCGCCCUCAGCACACGCUCCUACGGCAGGCCCAAGUCGGCAUCGAGGGUCCGAGACGUGCCUUAUGGAGAUUUUGAAGGUUUGGCGGUCAGGAAAGGUCAUCAUCGCUCUGCGCAGUCGGUGGGCGGAGCAUAUGACAAACUUCGGGAGAAACACAAGAAGUUGCACGCGCUCAGUCAGGCCAUAGACGAUCCUAUGCACACACAUAGGAGUUAUCAGAGUGACUACAGCUCGUCCAGUGAGAGUCCAUCAGUAACAUCAUCAGACCCAGACUAUAGACAUGCUAAAAGGCCAGAUGAUCUGAGACGCUUCAUUUCACAAGUGGGACUGUCUGAGAAUGACGGCCUGACACACAGACAUGGGCUGUAUGAUGUAGGGCAGGAGGAGACGUUCAGGACGGAGCUGCUAAUGUCCAGACCGGAGGACGGGAUGCGGAGACUCCAGCCGCAGCUCUCCAGAUCCAGCAUUUACCCCGGAGACGAGCCGCACGCUUCUAUUAAUGACCUGCAGGAGGUGAUGAAGAGCAGCUUGAUGGACAUCAGCAGCUUUCAGAGUCGAAAGGCCAAGAAUUUCUUUGGCCCCGAGUUUGCAAAGAUGUCCACGGAGCCGUGCGUGGUUCUGAACGUUCCCUCUUCCAUAAUGAAUAAGCGUGGGAAGGUGGAUGAGAGCCAGCGGAAGGUGUAUGUGGUUCUGCUGAGCGGUCAGAAGCUGGAUGUGAGCUGUGACGUGAAGGCCGUGUGUAAGGACGUGUUGGACAUGGUGAUCGCGCACGUGGGUCUGGUGGAGCAUCACCUUUUCGGCCUGGCUUACCUUAAAGAUGACGAGUUCUUCUUCAUCGAAUCGGACUGCAAAAUCUCGAAGGCGGCUCCAGAUGGCUGGAAGGACGAUCCGAAGAAAAGAAAAAACGACAUUAACUUUACGUUAUUCCUGCGCAUUAAAUUCUUCCACGAUGAUGUCAGCUUCAUCCAGCACCCCAUGACCAAGCACCAGUAUUACCUGCAGCUGCGGAAGGAUAUUUUGGAGGAGCGAAUGCGUUGCAACAUGGAGAACACCAUGAUUUUGGCUUCUUUGGCUCUGCAGGCUGAAAUCGGCGACUACCAGCCCGAGCUCCAUGGAAAGACAUAUUUUAGGACGGAGCAUUAUGUCCCUGCUAAUAUUAUGGAGAAGCUGGACCAAAGCUCCAUAAAGGAGGAGCUCUCAAAACUGCACCACAGCUACUACGGGGCAGCAGAGGACGAGGCCGAGUUUGAGUUUCUCAAGGUGAGUCAGCGGCUGACGGAGUAUGGUGUUCACUUCCACCGUGUGCUGCCCGAGAAAAGAUCUCAGACAGGAAUCAAGAUGGGUGUCAGCUCUAGAAGCAUCCAGAUAUUUGAGGUACUGAAUGGAAACCGAACGCCAGCGCUGAAGUUUCCCUGGAGGGAGACCAAGAAGACCUCCUUCACCAAAAAGAAGAUUUGCCUGCAGAACUCUUCAGAUGGAAUCAAACACGUGUUCCAGACAGACACUCAGAAGACUUGUCAGUAUCUUUUCCAGCUGUGCUUAGAGCAGUACAAAUUCCACCAGCAGAUGAAAACACGGCAGAGCAACCAGGAGCAGCAGGAGAUCGAAAACUCUCCCCUGAACAUGCUGCAGUACCCUGCGGCUCCUGACAGCCUGGGCAGAGCUGUUAGCAUCGCCAGUCUAGCAGCCAGCGCUACGAUGAGCACACGGUCCAACCCGGAAAGCCGGAAAAGGAUGUCAAGCUCAGAGGAACGAGCUUUUCCUUCUAUAAGCACAAACUCCAGCUCCAGGAUGAAGAGCCGCUCUUAUCACAACUUGGGCGAGCUUCCAGAGUCCCCCGAGCAACAGGGGGCGCCGUUCACCUCUGCACAUCAGCGCGCUAGCUCCGAUACGGACUCCACGGCUGUUCGUGGGCAGCAAGAGAGGUCCAUGGGACGCGCUGAAGCUCUGAGCUGGAGCCCAAAGAACCAGAAGAAGGAUUCGGACACAUCGUCCUAUGAGGAGAGCGGAGCGUACGUUGAAGGUCAGCAGCCGGGAGAAUAUUCAGAUGUUAGCAUUCACAGUUCAGACUUAUCAUCAACACUGGGCUCAUCAGUAGGAAUUACUGAUUCACUAAAGAAAAAGUUGGACUCGUUGCCUUUUCUUGAGCGUGAAAUUAAAAGUGUUAAUCUGAAGAAAGAUGUGAAGUACGGACUGGGCUUUCAGAUCAGUGGAGGAGAGAGUGCAGGCCGGACUGAUCUUAGCACCAUCAUCAGCUCCAUCACUCCAGGAGGACCUGCUGAUGUGGAUGGACGCCUGAAACCAGGCGACCGGCUGCUCAAAGUAAACAAUAAUAAUGUUGAAGAUCUUACUCAUGAGGAAACCGUGGAAAUCUUACAGAGUUCUCCAGAUGACAUCACACUGCUGGUGUCACAGCCCAAAGAGCGACUCUUUACAGACUCUCCUUCAGAUCUUUCCCACUACAAAGACAAGCCGAGACAGGAAGUAGACCUGGGUUCUUCCUCUGAGGAACUGGCUCAAUCCUUUCCUUCAUUCUUCGCUAAGAACAUCGCAGGAAACUUACCACAGACGCAACUCAACGGCACGCACCAGAAAGAUGAAAGCGGGGUUGGCUCCGCCCCUCCGGCGCUGCCUCCCAAAACCAGGAAGUCUAGAAGCUCUGAGGCAGCUAAAGAGGCGGAGAUCUCCGACAGAGGCGACUCGGACAUGGACGAGGACACGCACUCGAGUAACCAGGACAAGCUAAAGUCUAUAAAGGACGUCUCCGUCACGGACGGAUUAAAUGGUAGUGGCCCAGAAGUCAAUAGUCUCCAGCCUGGAGAUCUAUUUGACGUUGAGCUGUUUAAAGUAGACAGCAGUCUGGGCAUUAGUGUCACGGUACUGUUCGGAAAGGGAGGCUCCAAUACUUCGGUGAGGCACGGCGGGAUCUACGUCAAGGGGAUCAUUUCUAAAGGUGCAGCUGAUCUGGAUGGGAGGAUCAAGAAAGGAGACCGUGUGGUAGCUGUGAAUGGGAGAAGUCUAGAAGGAGUCACGCAUAAGGAGGCGGUGGAUGUUCUGAGAGACACGGGGCAGUUGGUCCAUAUGUUGUUGGAGAGAGGGCAGCUCCCGGAGGACAGAGUUCACGCUCCUCUCACUCCUCAGGGAACUUCAGUGGUUCAAGAAACCAAACCUCAGCUGCGGAGUGUUGUGAAAAAACCCAGGCCAGAAUACAGCUUCAUCACACCAGACAACGUGUUUGAGGUGAGCUUGCUGAAGAACAUGUCUGGUCUCGGGUUCAGCUUCAGUCGUGAGGAGAAUGUUCCGGACGAGCCGCCCGGCACCAGCAUGGUCCGAGUCAAGAAGCUGUUCCCCGGCCAGCCGGCUGCAGAGAGCGGUCUGAUCCGCGUUGGCGACGUCAUCCUGCGUGUCAAUCAGACGUCACUCAAAGGGCUCACGCAGCACGAGGUGAUCUCGGCAUUAAGAGGGACGGGUCAGGACGUGACGUUGCUGAUGUGCAGGCCUGAAGAAGGAGUUCUUUCUGACAUGGAUUCCUCAAACCAAACUGCUACUCCGUCCUCUUGUAAGGAACCUCCUCCGAAGCCAAAACUUGUCUCGACCCCAGCGUCUCCCCUUCAGGAGGAGAAAACCUAUUCCAUUGGCAUGGUGGAAGAGGCUCUGGAGCGGAUGCUGAUGAAGUCGCCGAGCCGCAGAGACAGCUACAGUGACAGUACUGACGACGAUGAUGAUGAUGAAGAGGGCUUUAGUCCUGCAGGUCAGAACGAGUCCUCAUGGGAGAUGGACGACACCAUCCGCUCCGCCUACGCCAACGCCAACCAGUCGGCCGCCGCCGGGACCGAGGCCACCCGGAGGGCUCCUCCCUCGUCCCCUGUUCUCUCGUCUCCAGCUCUUCCUGAAGCAGGCCCCAGUUCUCACCCUUUAACCCCUUCACUUCCCACCCCCCUCAACCUCACACUUCCAGAGCACAGUCCAGAACCAGAUGACUACCUGCCUGAAGUGGAGCUCAAUGUCUCUCUUGUGAAGUCUGAAAAAGGAAGCCUGGGCUUCACGCUGACGAAAGGAAACGACCACAACUGCUACAUCCAUGACAUCGUUCAAGACCCGGCAAAAGGCGACGGCAGACUUCGGCCCGGCGAUCGCAUGAUAAAGGUGAAUAACUCCGAUGUUUCCGGGAUGAGUCACACCGAGGUGGUAAAUCUGGUCCGAGCCGCACCUCGAGUCGUCGAUCUGGUCGUGGGACGUGUCCUGGAAGCUCCAAAACCACCGAUAGACGCACACCUGCUUCCUGACAUCACCUUUCAGUGUCCCACAGACUCGCUGGGUCUGGUGCUGGAUGGAGGUAAAGAGAGCGUGUUUGGUGUCCUGUACGUGAAGGACAUUGUCCCGGGUUCGAUGGCCGCCACGGAAGGAACUCUGAGGAAACUGGAUCUCAUUCACUACAUUAACGGAGCGCCGACAAACGAACUGACGCUCAGCGAGAGUCGCCGAAUUCUGCAGCUCAAACAGCAAGAGCUCACUUUCAAAGCCACCAGGGACGGAAAACCUGUGUGUCCUGAGAAGGAGAAAAUCUCGAUCCUGAACAACGUCAGCAUAAAAACCAACACAUCGCCUACUAUGAACGGUUAUCUUCAUGGUAAUGAUCAGGAUUUGGAAGCCAUCUGUCCCUCUGAGGAGCAGAUCAUCAGGCUGCAGUUGGAGAAGCCGCCGGGCGGCACUCUGGGUUUCUCCGUCAUCGGAGGAGAGAGAGGCGUUUUUGUGAAGUCCAUCACCCCUGGAGGAGUAGCUCAGGCAGACAACACGCUACAAGUUGGAGAUCGUCUGCUUAAAGUGAAUGACGACCUGAUGACUGGUGUGUCGCAUUCCAAAGCAGUCACCACAAUCCGGAAAGCCAAAGGGGUCGUUCACCUUGUAGUGUCUCGACCUCCUGAUCAGACCCCCAGCACAUACCUGGGCUUCCUUCCUCUGAGCUCCAGCAACGGCAACACGGAUGUAAGUGAGGACAGUGGGGUGAAAUCAAAACUCUGCAGUUCCCCAGAAGCACGAAAAUCCAAAAGUCCACCUGCACUUCCACCUAUAGAUUAUGACACCAGUUCUUUAGAGAGAAGACUAGAAGCUGACGAGUCAGACACCGACUGUGAUGGUUCGUCUCUACCAGAAGAUUCUCCAGAGACGACGAGGAGGUCAGAAUGGCAAGAGGAGGCCGUGGAUAGUCCACAGGACGACAGUUACCAGCACUCAUCCUCAGGACAGCUGGAUGAGGACGAGGUCACGUGGGGCAGCGAUGAUCUUCCCAUCGAUAACAUCAACUCUAAAUUCACGGAAGAUGGACCGAUCAUCACGGAGGAUGAGCUGACUUCCCUGCCACUGGUCAGAGUGGUUCCCAACGGCCAGUACACCGGAUCCAAGCUCAACUCCGUGGUGAGAAUGAUGAGAGGAUUGCUGGAGCAGAAGGUCCCCUUACAGGAGUUUGAGAACCUGCAGAAUUUACAGCCGCUGGACGACUGUUUGAUCGGACAGACGCAGGAGAACAAGAGGAAAAACCGCUACAAAAACAUCGUGCCGUUCGACACCACCAGGGUGACCCUGGGCAAAGACGGCGGCUACAUCAACGCUAACUUCAUCAAGAUGCCCGUGAAGGACGAGAGCUUCCUGUUCAUCGCGUGUCAGGGUCCGCUUCCCACCACGCUGGCAGAUUUCUGGCAGAUGGUCUGGGAGCAGAAGUCCAACGUGAUCGCCAUGAUGACCCAGGAAGUGGAAGGAGGGAAGGUGAAAUGUCAGCGCUACUGGCCCGACACGCCGCGGACGCCGCAGAUGGUCGAUGAGAAGCUGCAGGUCACGCUGGUCAAAGAUCAGCACCUGGACAACUUCAUCAUCCGUUUGAUCGAGGUCAAGGAUGUCCAGACGAACCAAAUCCAGAGAGUCACACACCUGAACUACACGGGCUGGCCUGAUCACGGCACUCCCACGCAGCCAGAGCAGCUCCUCACCUUCAUUUCCUACAUGAGACACAUCCACCAAUCAGGGCCCAUCAUCACCCACUGCAGCGCCGGGAUUGGCCGAUCAGGAACGCUUAUUUGCAUAGACGUGGUUCUUGGUUUAAUCAGUAAAGACACUGAUUUUGACAUCUCUGAUGUGGUGAGGACAAUGAGACUGCAAAGACAAGGCAUGGUGCAGACAGAGGACCAAUAUAUUUUCUGCUACCAAGUCAUCCUGUAUGUGCUCAGAUGUCUGCAAGCCGAGGAGAAGAUGUCAGGAUAGAGAGGCGGGGUUUCGUCUCACCUCGUCUCCCUUCGUCUCGUCACGUCUCAUCUCUCUGUGCUCCUGCUAAUGUUCCUAAAAACACCAGCAAGAACUUUCCCACACUUCCUCGAAUCCAAUUCAAAUAAUAGCUUUAUGGAUUAUUUUUUGUACGCUCCUGUCGCUUCCAUUCCCUCCGGCUGACCACAACAAUAAAAAACGUAGAUUUUUUAAAUAAAAUUAUUUUCUCCACAGCUUUUUUUAAAGGAUGUUUUAAUGAUGGAGAGAGCGAAUAAAUUCCUAUUUUACCUGUAUUUUAUUGCUGCCUCGACGCGAUACGACGACAGUAUUUGCUUUGUAAAUCUUUUUCUGGUUGCCGAGUGCCGGUGAUUGGUCACUGAAAUGAACGUGUAUAUAUUUCGCUCGGACAGAUGUGGAUAUGAUGUUUCAGCUGUUACAUACUCGACUAUUUGCAAUUUGUAAAUAAAAGACUAUCGUGCCUUUAAA